AUGUCAUGCUCUCACGAUUGUAAUGACCACGAUCAUUCGCAUGAUGCUCCCCUAAAUUCAUCACCUCUAGAUUCGUUAUAUGGUCAAAUUGAUCUACCUAAUGUUACAGCUCUGAAUUCUGAAAAUGGUGGAGAUCCAGGAAAGCGAGUGAUCAAGACUUGGGAUAUGAGGGACGACGAGACUCUUUGGUGCGAGAGCGAUGUAGAUGACGAGUUGAUAAUCAAGAUCCCAUUCACCGCUUCCAUAUCACUGCGAGCAAUAACGCUCAAAGCUGGACCAUCAGGUAGAACACCUUCCGCAAUGCACGUUUUCCGUGAUAACCCAGGUUUAGACUUUUCUGAUGCCUCGUCUUCUUCGCCUACGCAAGCGUUCGAUGUGGUGGAUGUUAAAGAAGGAGUCGAAUAUCAAGUCAAAGCAGCCAAAUUUAACGGUGUUACUUCCUUGACAAUCUAUUUUCCAGGGAACAAUUCCGAUGGAGAUGAAGAAACCACUAGAGUAUACUAUAUCGGCUUGAGAGGCUCAUAUCAGCCUCUACCAAAUCGACCCGGAGUGAUAGUAUACGAAUCUUCAGCUAGACCAGCAGACCAUAAAACUGAAGGUAUAAAUUCGGGAGAAACAUUCAAACCUGGUUUCUAA